UAAUUUUGCUGAAUCGGUUGCUUCACAGUACAAAUUGCACGGUGAAGGAAAUGAGAUGGCUUUCUUCUUUAGCCUCUAGGGUCUCACCUGCACUCAGAACCCAAACCAAACCCAGGAAGCCUCUGUUGCCUUCUGCUCCUCACAAAGGUAAUUCAUUUCCAAGCAAUCUUAUUUCAGCUAAGAAUCCCAAAUUUCCUGUUAUCGAUCAUCUCUACAUUGCUCGAGUUCUUUCUCGAAAGGACUGGUUUUUGUUACUUGACCACGAGUUGAAUGCCAGGAGGAUCUUGUUGACCCCUCAGUCUGUUGCUAGUGUCUUGCAAAACCAAGAAAACCCAUUGCACCCUUUGAAGUUUUCGAUAUGGUUUUCGAAUGUUGAGCCCUUGUUCUUAAAGAAUCAAUCGGUUCGCGGUGUUUUGGCCAACACCCUUUUCAGGAAAGGCCCUGCUGUAUUGUCUGUUGAAUUUCUUAAAGAUGUUAAGAAUUCGGGUUUAAAGGUGACUGAAGAUUUGCUUUGCAUAUUGAUUGGUAGUUGGGGGAGGUUGGGUUUGGCAAAGUAUUGUGCUGAGGUUUUUGGGCAAAUUUCAUUUUUGGGUCUUACUCUUAGCACUAGAUUGUACAAUGCUGUGAUCAACGCGUUAGUCAAGUCCAAUUCACUUGACUUGGCUUACUUGAAAUUCCAACAGAUGCCGGCCGAUAAUUGCCAUCCUGAUAGGUUCACUUACAAUAUCCUCAUUCAUGGAGUUUGCAAGAUUGGUAUUGUGGAUGAAGCUGUUCGCUUAGUCAAGCAAAUGGAGGGCUUGGGAUAUUUGCCGAAUGUUCAUACUUAUACAAAUUUGGUUGAUGGGUUUUGUAAAUCAAAAAGGGUUGACGAGGCCUUCAGGGUUAUAAAGUUAAUGAGGUAUAAGAAUGUGACUCCUAAUGAAGCUACUGUCAGAUCAUUGGUUCAUGGAGUGUUUCAUUGCAUGGACCCUGGUAAGGCUUUUGAGUUGUUAUUGAGUUUCGUUGAAGGGGAGUCUCUCUUGUUUAAGGUAGCUUGUGAUACCAUACUCUAUUGCCUUGCUAAUAAUCACAUGUCAAGGGAGAUUGCUUUGUUUUUAAAGAAAUUUGGUGCGAAAGGUUAUUUGCCUGACAGUUCAACAUUUAACAUCACAAUGGUUUGUUUGACAAAGGAGUUGGCUCAUGCUCAGAAUGAGGUACAUGAACUAUUUGAAAAUUACAUCCAGGGAGGUGGAAAACCAGGAUUUGGUACUUAUCUUGUGUUAAUUGAAGCCAUGUACAAGUCUGGAAACAUUGAUGAGGGGAAUCAAAUCUUUGAGCAAUUGGUAAAAGAUGAACUUUUAUCUAGUGUUCAUUCAUAUAACAUGGUAAUUAAUUGCUUUUGCAAAGCCCAAAUUCUGGACAGGGCAUCAAGAGCUUUUGGAGAUAUGCCGCAUAAUGGUAUUCCUCCUACCCUUGUAACAUUCAAUACACUUCUUGCUGGAUAUUGCAAGGCUGGAGAGGUAAGCAAGGCACAUGAACUGUUGAUAAUGCUCCUAGAACAUGGUUUCAAACCGGAUAUAUUCACUUUUAGUACAAUAAUUGACGGACUCUGUCGGGUGAACCAGAUUGAUGAUGCUUUCGAUUGUUUUUCUGAGAUGGUCAGGUGGGGAAUCACUCCAAAUGUCAUCACAUACAAUAUACUGUUACGCUCUUUGUGUUUCAUUGGAGAUAUUGCUAGAGCAGAGAGACUAAUGGAAAAUAUGCAGGUAGAUGGAAUAAAACCAGAUUCUUACUCUUUCAGUCAUCUUAUUCAAAGCUUUUGUAGGAUGAACAAGGUUGAGAAAGCAGAGGAACACUUUCUUGUUAUGUUGAAAUCGGGUUUGAAUCCUGACAAUUAUACAUACAGUGUUUUUAUCAAGGCAUUGUGUGACUUGGGAAAACUUGAUGUGGCAAAGGAGAUAUUUCUCUCCAUGGAAGCAUAUGACUGUUUACCCAAUUCUUCUCUUUGCAGUAUAAUGCUGGAUUCUCUGAUUCAGCAUAACCGUUUUGAAGAGGCCUGUAGAAUGGUGAAAAGUUUUGUCAGGAGGAAAAACUAAACUCUUAACUUAUUGGAUAUGGUCAAGCCAUGAGUCCAUGCUGCAUUGUAUCAACAUUGGUCCAAAGGUCAGGUCAGCCUUGAUACACAACACCGGUAAAUAGUUUGUGUGAUGCAUUUUGGAAUCAACUGCGUACACAAUAUGGUCUUUUUCAGUUCGUAGUCAGGUGGCUGAUUCUUUGAGAAAAAAAAAAAAAACACACGAGGCUGAUUCAUAGUUUCUGUGGUGCAUUUUCAGAAGGAACUGCAUCCUCAGUAUGCUGCUAGAGGUUCGAUUUAUCCUGGGCUUGCCGUUACCAGUGAGGAUUUGGUUCUCCAAUGGAGGGGUCAAACUUAUUGGAAACUGUCCAUGGAAAGCAAAGCUUUAAGAAUUCAGAUACACCAGCGUCCUACGUGGAAAUGAGUAGGACUGGUUUGUAUUUGUUUGGGGCUGAUGGCUCGAAGGCUGUGUUUCAAGUUUUCUUGGAACCCUCAGAUUCAAAGAUUGCGUGCAAGGUUGGGAUAUGAAGGGGUUUUCAGCAUCAUUAGCUUCAUAGGAAGCAAGUGGGUGCAGGACUUAGUGAAGCCAGUUGAUAUCUGCCAACGUCCAUUAACUUGUGGAAAACUGGGAUUCUGCUCGAAUCAGAGGCCGACGUGCAUAUGUCCAACAGGUUUCCAUAAUGGUGCUCAGGAGAAUGAUGCUUGUGUGCUAAUAGAAGACACCAUCUCUUUGCCUUCUUCUUGUAAUGGAAGUGGAAAUACCAGUGAGUUCAAUUCCUCAACUGUUUAUAUAGAACUGCAAAAAGGCAUGGAAUACUUUGGUAAUUACUUCAAUCAGCCUGUGAAGCCAGUUGAUAUCUACCGUGUUCUUGACGAAUAGCACUUAAAGCAGCCGGGGAAUCUGAUAUAUAGUUGAACUUGGUGUCGGUGUAACAUAGCAUAUAUAGUUGAACUUGAAGAUGUCUGGUCCUCUAAAAACACCAAAUAGUUGAACUUCUACAACCGCUGAUUUGCUUUAUUUCCUUCGUCCUCCGAUGUCAUCCCGGUACCUACUUUCUACGACUACAUUCCGAAUCCUCAGUGGAGGAAGAACUGAACUCAGAACCGUACGCUCAUCUGUUUUUUAAGUCGACUUGAUGGGCAGUGGCUUCUUCAAAGUUAACUUCAGUGUUACACAGGACUUCGAGGAUGUUGAACAAGAAGAGGACUACUGUCCUGCUGCACCAGCUACAAGUAAAAGCCAAUUGAUGCUCAAUAGAAUAGUACCGAUAUAGUCGUAGAAACACUCAUUUUUAUUUGUUUUGUGAUUCCACAGUUUGUACAAAGAAUAGUUCUAUGCAUCGAUAUAGGCCAGAAAAUUGGUGCUGACAAGCAAUAUAGAAUUGAUUUCCUCUC